GUGUCCAUUCGUUCGACAGUUGCGAAAACCGGCCUUGCGAGACUUCAUGCGAUGCCAUGUGAACCUUCACCAAUCGAUCCACGGCAGGACCACCGACUACACAAAACAGACCACUCGCGCCCUGUCUGAAGGGAGAGUUCCUCCCCUUUCCCUGCGUCCGCCAUGUGGCGAGACCGCACGAAUCUCUAUAUCUCAUACCGGCAGUCGUACGCGCACCACCCGACACAGCGCACCCGGUAUGGACCGUCGAGUUCCACCAGCGACCGCUUCGGCGGCGGCGGAGGAGGAGUCAACCCAGGCGGCGUGCUCUUCUCUGCCGACGAAGACCGGCGCGGCCUCCUGUCGCAGGGGGCGUACGACAUCGACGACGGCGACGCCGUGAUCGAGAUGGACCUGCUGCCGCCGCGGUGGGCUGACAUCACGGACGAGGUGACCGACAUCCUCGCCGACAUCGCCAGCAAGGGCCAGAAGCUCGAGCGCCUGCACCAGAAGCACGUGCUGCCCGGGUUCGACGACGAGGAGACCAAGAGGGCCGAGGAGGGCGAGAUCGAGCUGCUGACGCAGCAGAUCACAAAGGGCUUCCACGACUGCCACCGGUGCAUCCAGCGGGUCGAGCAGAUGGUGCGCGACGGCAAGAGCCAGGGCGAGAUGAGCAAGGGGGAGGAGACCAUGGCGAAGAAUAUCCAGAUCAGCCUGGCCACGAGGGUGCAGGAGGCAAGCGCGGGGUUCCGGAAGAAGCAGAGCGCCUAUCUAAAGAAAUUGAGGGGCAUGGGUGGUAUAUCCAGCCCUGCCGAGCGGGCUCCCACUCCCACCGUCGGGGGAUAUACCGACCCCUCGUUGCUGGAAUCCGACGCGGACCGGUCGUUCUCGCAGUCCACCUUGCAGGCCACCUCCCACCAGAAGCUCCUCCACUCAAACGACGCCGCCAUCCUGCAGCGCGAGCGGGAAAUCGAGGACAUCGCCCAGAGCAUCAUCGAGCUCUCGGAUCUGUUCCGCGACCUGCAGACGAUGGUGAUAGACCAGGGGACCAUGCUGGACAGGAUAGACUACAACGUCGAGCGCAUGGCGACCGACGUCAAGGGGGCCGAGAAGGAGCUCGUGAUCGCGUCCGGAUACCAGAAGAAGACGACCAAGAGGAAGAUCAUCCUCUUGCUCAUACUUAUCAUUGCCGGCAUGAUAAUAUUGCUGGUCAUCAAGCCGAAGAAGAGCAGCCGCAACAGCGGAGGCGGCGGCGGCGGCGGCGGCGACGACAUCGAAUAAGGUGCUGUGCAGUCUCGGCAGCAACCAGGCUAGAUACUAUAAGGCU